AUGUUGUUGGACUACCUAAAUCUUAUCAGGACUACCUCAUUUGGUAUACCAGGAUGCGGUGAGCGCUACACAGGCUCCUCUGGUUUUUUCACCUCACCAAACUAUCCUGGCAAUUAUAACAACGGCCUGUACUGUACCUACAUCAUUGAUGCAGGGGAGACAUUGGUCACUCUCGUGUUUGAAGAUUUCAAUACGGAGGAAUGGAUUGAUCUUGUCAAGGUUUAUGAUGCCUCCAACAACCCCCUUGCCCAUCUGAGUGGAUACAGACGGGGCUACAUUCUCCAGUCAGCCGUGUACUACCGGGUUGUGUUUACUACGAAUCCUUGGGUAGUCAGGAAGGGAUUUAAGGCUGUGUGGACAGUGCCAACAUCUGAGCAUGUCAGGGUCGGCAGCUAUGCCACGUUGUCCUGGACUCUCCCGGAGCCUGGGACCAGGGAGUUCAGUGUGUGUAACAGUGAGACAAAGACAUGCCUUCUUCAUGUCACAAGCCACAAUCAUGUCAGAGCUGCCAGUGACAAGUUCACAUCUAGAGUGAGAUUUAUUGGAAACGUGUCAUCAUCGGGAGCUGGUUUGUUUAGAUUCGUGCUCUCUGAUGUAACUUGGGAAGACGAAGGUCAUUACAAGUGUUACAGAGGCUCACUAGGCUCAGGGGGACCAGUCAUCCCUGACUGUGGACAGAAGCUGAUAGUGCAGGACAGAUGGUUUGCCUUCAGAGAUUGA